GAGACAGAGAAAGAGAGAGAGAUGAGAUGGAGCAAAACCUGGCAUCUCACUCGCUUUGCAGCUCAGAUUGGAAAAGCGCAUGUACUGCGAGUUUCGGUUCGCAUCCCUAACGCAGCAAGCCGUGCACUGGAAAGCGACGGAGGCGUGAAUGGGUUUACCAUCCAACCAAAGAGCCGCCAAGAAAUCACAAAACAGACCCACUGCUUGCAACCAACAGCUGCUUCGCUUUGACAGACACUCCUGUGUUCUUUCAGCAAGUUAAAAACAUUUUUUUUUAUCCUGUUAAAUGAAGUUUGUCAAGUUCUGGAGGGACACGUUUGCAACCUUUAUAUUUUACUAACGAGAAAGAAAAAGGAAGAAAUACGUUGUUGAGAGAGGGGAGGAAAUAUACUCAGUCCGCCUCUUCUCUCAGUGCACGCCACCCCCAUGUUCUAGAUAUUCUUAUGACUUUGCUAAAGUUCCAGAAGAUGACAACAGCAGCGAUGGACACCGAUAACAUCAACACAGGUGGGGUCAUCUCGUAUAUCGGCUCCACAGGGGGGUCCCCAAGUCGGACCAGCCCGGUGUCUCUGUACAGCGACAACUCCAACAGCAGCUUCCAGUCGCUGUGUCUCUCGCAGCCCCUGUUCGGCUGCUCCUUCCCCCCCUCCCCCAGCAGCUCCCUGUCCCAGUGCGGGGGGGGCGGGGGUUCCGGGGAGGAAUCGGGGUCCCCCAGCGCUGGGGGGUCCCCUCAGAGUGUGCGCUCCGGCAGAGGGGAGGGCCGCUGCUCCCCCAGCAAGGCAGCCAGCAGCAUCAGCAAGCUGAACGGCUUGGUGCUGCUGUGUAAGGUGUGUGGAGACGUGGCCUCGGGAUUCCACUAUGGUGUCCACGCCUGUGAGGGGUGCAAGGGUUUUUUCCGGCGCAGUAUCCAGCAGAAUAUCCAGUACAAGAAGUGCCUGAAGAACGAGAGCUGCUCAAUCAUGAGGAUCAACAGGAACCGCUGCCAGCAUUGCCGCUUCAAGAAGUGCCUGAGUGUGGGCAUGUCCCGGGACGCCGUGCGUUUCGGACGAAUCCCGAAGCGUGAGAAGCAGCGUAUGCUGGCGGAGAUGCAGAGCGCCAUGAACAACAUGGUGAAAUCAACAGCAGCAGCAGCCAGCUGCACCCCACAGCCCCCUCCCCUCCCCCCGCCCAGCCCCACCCACAACCCCUCACCCCCACCCCCCCCCGCCUCACCUCCCCAGUGGACCCCCUGCUCGCCCCCCAGCCCCGGAACCGACCGGACCAUCUCACAGAUCGCCAAGGCUCACAGAGAGAGCUUCGUCUUCGCUCACGACAGGCUCUCACGCACCGCACUGGCACCAGGCUGCCAAAAGGGGGCGCUAGACAACUGGGAUGCAAACCGCUGUGCCAGUGGGUACCAUUUUAAUGGAGUCAACAACCUCUACCGUCACGAUAACAACCUGCCCCUCUCCCACUCGCACAGCUAUCCUGCUGGCAGCCCCCCUGUCCUGAACCACCUCUCCCCCUGCCCCCAGGUCGGCCCUGACUUCCCCAGCAUUCACAGCUACUGCUUCAUGCACCAGAACUGUGCCAGUGAGCAGCAGCUGUGCUACAGCAAUGGCCAUGCUGGUCACAGCCAGGAAGUAGAGCCUCAGACACUCCGCCACUCCUGCUCAGACAGCCAGGGACAGAGCUGCCCAUGGGGAGGGACCCGGGACGUGCUGCUGGCCUGUCCGAUGAACAUGCACCCCCACAGUGAUGGGCUGCGCUCCCCGCAGGAGAUCUGGGACGAUUUCUCCCUCAGCUUCACCCCGGCCGUGCGCGAGGUCGUGGAAUUCUCCAAACACAUCCCGGGGUUCCAGGAGCUCUCCCAGCUGGACCAGGUCACCCUGCUCAAAGCCGCUACUUUCGAGGUGCUGGUGGUGCGCUUCGCCUCCCUCUUCAACGUGACGGCCCAGACAGUCACCUUCGUGUCGGGGUCCUCCUACAGCCUGCCUGCGCUGCGGGGGAUGGGGAUGGGCGAGCUGCUCAGCGCCAUGUUCGAGUUCAGCGAGAAGCUGAGUGCCCUGGAGCUGAGCCCCGAGGAGCUGGGGCUGUUCACCGCUGUCGUGCUUGUCUCCGCAGAUCGCUCUGGGAUCGAGGAUGUGAAUUCCGUGGAGCGGCUCCAGGAAUCUCUGAUCCGGGCGCUGAGGGUCCUGGUGACCCGGAGCUUCCCUCAGGAUCCGUCGCGCUUCACCAAGCUGCUGCUGAAACUGCCGGACCUGCGGAGCCUCAACAACAUGCACUCCGAGAAGCUGCUCUCGUUCCGUGUGGAGGCGUGAGCACAGCGAGCGGGAUCGCUGGAGAGAAGCAGGCGGACUCACACCCAGGGACACACCUCACACAGUGUCUGCUUCGCAGUGCUUUUACUACAGACCUCUGCUCGUGAUAACGCGCUGGGUUGUUGCGUGAUGCGCAGCUGUUACGGAUUCUGUCCCCCUGCGGCGAGAUGAAGAGUAAAGCUCUAAAACCACGAAUGCAGACGAGCUCGGCUCUUUCGCGCCCGGUGCGCGCCCAUCCUCUGCCCCUUCCUACACACGCACCCUCACCACGCAACCUCUGCUGUAGGGUAAGAUUUUUCAACAGGAAUCACAAUCGCAGUAAAGGCUGAUGAGACAUAUCAGGUUUUUUUUUGUUUUUUUAUAACCAGGGUGAAACAAGGUGUUAAUAAUUUAAGCUAGAAGAGAUUUUUUUUUUUUCUUUGUACAUUAUCAGAAUGCAGCUUUCUUCCUAUCACUGGUUGCACAUGUCUUGCUUUUAAACCAGAAUUGUUAAAAAAAAAGGGUUCUGAGCAAAUUAUAUAUAUAAAUAUUUUAAUAUAAAAAAGACAGUUUUGCAUAAAGAAUGUUAAAAAGUUGAGAUUAAAGUAGAUUAAAGAAACUGUCCAGCUGUUGUAAGCACUUCAGUAUUGUGCAUAUAUCUACCAUAGAGAUGAUAAUGUAUAUAACACUGUAUGUAUAAAAAAAUAA